AUGAUAUCCUCAAUAUGGCACCCCUCCGGAAUCCGAUCACCUAACCGCCGCGCGCUCAUCUACUUCAUCUGCGGCAAUCCAGGUCUCGUCGGAUACUAUGCCGACUUCCUCGGCGCCUUGCACGGCAUGCUCGACGCCGCGGCGGCUGGCCCGCGCACCGCGUACGACAUCUACGGCAGAAACCUCCUUGGCUUCAGCGAUGCCGAGCAUGAGCCGUUUGCCGCGCCCGGGCGGGCCGGGGGUCCGCAGCCGUGGGACCUGAACGGGCAGAUUGACGCCAUGUACAGCGACGUGGCCGCACGGAGCCGUGGCCGGGAUCCCGCCGCCGCCGCCGCCGCCGACUGUCCUCCGCCGCCGGGUCCGGCCGACAACAUGCAACAAGCCCCCCGGAUUCCGUAUGACUUUGUCAUACUAGCGGGGCAUUCCAUCGGCUCGUACAUUGCUCUCGAGGUGUUUCACCGUCACGCGCAGACUCCAUCCGGAGGGUCGUCGCACCUCCGUCUGCGCCACGGCUUCCUGCUCUUCCCGACCAUCGUGUCCAUCGGAGCCUCCCCGAGCGGGCGGCGGGUGCAGGCAUUGCGCGAUGUCCCCGGCCUCGCUGCCGUCGCGCCACACAUUGCCCGCCUCGCACUCGCGCCCUGGACGGAAGGGGCGCUGCGGUGGCUCAUCGAGCGCUUCAUGGGCUUCUCGGCGCAUGCGGCCGCCGUCACGGCCGAGUGGCUCAAAAGCCGCGACGGGAUCCGUCAGGCGCUGCAUCUCGGCCUGUCGGAGCUGGACGGCGUGCGCGAGGAGACGUGGGGAGAGGAGCUGUGGGAGGUAUCCAAGGAGGAUGACGCCAAGGGCCGCGACGGGGCGGCGACAUCUGAGACGACGCCCAAGUUCUUUCUCUUUUACGGCAAGAGGGACCACUGGGUUGCCGACCACGCGCGGGACGAGUUCAUCGAGCGGAGGAGGCAGCAUGGCAAAAGGGGUGGGGCGACGAGCAUCGCGGUGGACGAGGGCGGCGGUCUCCCGCAUGCAUUCUGCACGACAGAGCAUAACAGCUGGAUCGUGGCGAAGAGGGUAUGCGGCUGGGUGGACGAGAUUGAGCGAGGCAUGAAGGUGUAG